AAACAGAGAGUUAAGCAAACCAGAUUUGGAUUGGUGGAACGUCAGGGGUCAAAGGUGAAGCACAUAGACGCGGUCCAGGAAGAAGUUUGAACAUGGCGGAUAAAGAGAAGAAGAAGAAGGAGAGUAUAUUUGACUUGACAAAGUACAUUGACAAAACCAUUAGAGUAAAAUUCCAGGGUGGACGUGAAGCGAGUGGUGUCCUGAAAGGGUUUGAUCCUCUGCUGAACCUGGUGUUAGAUGGCACAAUUGAGUACAUGCGUGACCCAGACGAUCAGUAUAAACUGACGGAGGACACCAGGCAGCUCGGCCUCGUCGUGUGUCGAGGGACGGCUGUUGUCCUCAUCUGUCCUCAAGACGGCAUGGAGGCCAUCCCCAACCCCUUCAUACAGCAGCAGGACGGCUAGCACACACACACAGGGCUUGUGUCUGUUUUCUACAAGGAGAUUCAGUUGAGCAAAAAUUUGUGUUGCAUCCAAAUUUGUGGAUGUUGUUUGUCAUCAUGUGUAACAUAGUGCUUUGUUUUGUUUUUUCCUGGUUGUAACUUCACUCAGGAGAUCUUUUCGUUUGUUUUCUAAAUAUGGUUUUGAAUUGAGCUGUAAGUCGAGUGAUCUCAUUAUGUAUGAUGGCACUUUAGUGCUAACUUUAUUUUUACUUAUUUUAAUAUUCUAAUUAAAUUGGACAUUCAUAAGA